GGAGGGCGCUGGGCUCUGGGUGGCAGCUCGCUCGCUGCGAGCCGGCCCGAGCCCGGGCGGCGGGUUCUUCGCCAUGCCGGGGAUGGUGCUCUUCGGCCGGCGGUGGGCCAUCGCCAGCGACGACUUGGUCUUCCCGGGGGUCUUCGAGCUGUUCGUGCGAGUGCUGUGCGGCUCCUUGGAUUCCAUUUCUGACGCUGCCUGUGUCUCGGCAGGUGGAUCGGCAUCCUGACGCUGUACCUCGUGCACAGAGGGAAGCUGGACUGUCCUGGUGGCGUCCUGCUCAGCAGUUACCUGAUCGUGCUCAUCAUUCUCCUGGCAGUUAUCAUAGGCACCGUGUCAGCCAUCGUGUGUGUCAGCAUGAAAGGGACCAUUUGUAAUCCUGGACCACGGAAAUCCAUGUCUAAGCUGCUCUACGUGCGCCUGGCACUCUUUCUGCCAGAGAUGGUCUGGGCGUCCCUGGGGGCCGCCUGGAUAGAGGACGGUGUUCAGUGUGACAGGACGGUGGGGAAUGGCAUCAUUGCGACUGUCGCGGUCAGCUGGAUCACCGUCGCCUCCACCGCGGUCAUCAUUGUCAUCGUCUUUGACCCGCUGGGGGGGAAGAUGGCUCCGUAUCCCCCUGCGGGCCCCCAUCACCUGGAUAGUCAUGAGUCCAGCCAGUUACUUAAUGGCCUCAAGACGGCAGCUACAAGCGUGUGGGAAACGAGAAUCAAGUUCCUGUGCUGCUGCAUCGGCAAAGACGACCGUACUCGAGUUGCUUUUUCGAGUACGGCAGAGCUUUUCUCAACCUACUUUUCAGACACGGACCUGGUGCCCAGCGACAUUGCAGCAGGGCUCGCUCUUCUCCAUCAGCAACAGGACAACAUCAGGAACAACCAGGAGCCUGACCAGGUGGUCAGCCAUUCCCCAGGGUCCUCCCAGGAAGCUGAUUUGGAUGCAGAAUUAGAAAACUGCCAUCACUACAUGCAGUUUGCAGCAGCUGCCUAUGGGUGGCCUCUCUAUAUUUACAGAAACCCUUUUACAGGGCUGUGCAGGAUUGGUGGCGACUGUUGCAGAAGCCGGACAACUGAUUAUGACUUGGUUGGAGGUGAUCAGCUCACCUGUCACUUUGGCUCCAUCCUGCAGACGACGGGGCUGCAGUACCGGGAUUUCAUUCACGUCAGCUUUCACGACAAGGUGUACGAGCUCCCCUUCUUAGUGGCUCUGGACCACAGGAAGGAGUCGGUGGUGGUGGCUGUGAGGGGAACCAUGUCUCUCCAGGACAUCCUUACGGACCUGUCAGCAGAGAGCGAGCCGCUCGACCUCGAGUGUGAGGUGCAGGACUGCUGGGCACACAAGGGGAUUUCUCAAGCUGCCAGAUACGUUUACCGACGACUCAUCAACGACGGGAUUUUGAGCCAGGCGUUCAGCAUUGCACCUGAAUACCGGCUGGUCAUCGUGGGGCACAGCCUGGGGGCAGGCGCCGCAGCCCUGUUGACCAUCAUGCUCAGAAACCCAUACCCACAAGUCAGGUGUUACGCCUUUUCCCCGCCCAGGGGGCUGCUGAGCAAAUCCCUUUGUGAAUACUCUAAGACCUUCAUCGUGUCACUUGUUCUGGGCAAGGAUGUGAUUCCCAGGUUAAGUGUGACCAACUUGGAAGAUCUGAAGAGGAGAAUCUUGCGAGUGAUUGCUCACUGCAACAAGCCCAAGUACAAGAUCCUGCUGCGCGGGUGCUGGUACGAGCUCUUUGGAGGGCACCCCGAGGACCUGCCGACGGAGCUGGAUGGGGGCGACCUGACGCAGCCUCUCCUCGGGGAGCGGAGCCUGCUGGCGCACGGGUCCCCGGCCUACAGCUUCUCCAGCGACUCCCCGCUCGAGUCCCCCAGCAAGUACCCCCCUCUCUACCCCCCCGGCAGGAUCAUCCACCUGGAGGAAGUGGGCACUUCAGGGAGGUUUUCCUGCUAUCCUGCUGCUCGGUAUAGCGUGAAGUGGUCACAUGAGUCGGAAUUCAGCAAAAUACUCAUCGGCCCAAAGAUGCUAACAGACCACAUGCCAGACAUCCUGAUGAGAGCCCUGGACAGCGUGGUGUCCGACAGAGCCGCCUGUGUUUCCUGUCCGACCCAGGGAGGCUCCAGCGUGGACGUGGCGUAACCAGGGCAACUGGGAGCUGCUCGGGCCGUGGACACCGCUCUUGUUCCGACAGUGACUUAACAUCUGAGUGAUUCCCACGAUGGCCGUACCUGGAUGUCCAUCGAUCGGAUUUCAGUGGUCUCCUAAAUGACUGAGUAAUUUGAGAAAUACCUCUGACCACAAUAUUCACACAAUCAGGAGCCAGCAGAGCACUGAGGUGACGGCCCCCCCGAGACUGAGCGGGCGUGACGCCCUUUCCUGUAGGCCCGCUGAUUCCCGGGAGUCCCACAGCCAGGUUUAAGGCCCUAACGGAUCUGUAGGCACCCGCCCCUUGGGCCACCUUUUCAGUGACAGGGUCCUGCCUUACGAGUUGGCACACAGGUGUGCAGUGUAUUCUGCAAACCGGACUUUCCUGCCUGCACAAACUCAGUGUCAGUUGCGAGGGUGCAGACUGGGGUUCUGUCCUGGGUGGCACCAAGCGAGGGUCAGCCCUGGGCUCCGACGGGGGAUCAGACGAAACCAGGUCGGGGAAGCGAGCAGACUGCUCGCCUGCCCUCCGAGUGCCCCGCUGCCUGGUCACACUGCUUGUUGCACCAGCCUCAGGGGGCUGGCCCGGUUCUCGGGGGGUAUUCGCGGAGGUCGGCCAGUGGAUGCAGAGCGAGUUAAAAAAAAAAAAAAAAAAGCACUUACAUAUCAUGAGUGCCUGCACAGCCAUGAACUCUUCCAGUGGGUGUUUCUGGGCAGGUCUAUUUUACUGGGUAGUUUUACAACAGUCCUGUUUUAAACAUCUUUUUUCUGUCCACUGUAAACAACAAAAUGGAGUCUUAAGUUUUCCUGGAGCUCUGGCUAAAGACCGAAGGUUGCCCAGGCGUCUGACUGCACUCCACCCCCGAUCCAAACCCUGUAAAAUGACAGUGAUGGGAUUCCUUUAGAAAGCAUAAACCCACAAGGACGGGGGGAAGAAGAGACAGGAACAGGGAGAUGGCCAGAGGUAAGUGGACUCCUGGGUGAAGUGGGGAAGGAAAGACAAGAAUAAAUCCGGUCUACAAACCAGAUGCCCAGGCACCUCGGACCUGGGCGUGACGCAGACAGCGGGGGACCGGCCAGAGUGACGGCUGGAA